GUUCGGGAAUGUUCGUGAUCAUAAAAAGAUACAACGGAAGUCAAUUCUGAUGAUACAUAUUAUAUAAAAUCACUAGCAUUAACAGAUCGCUUGAGCGUCGCACACGAUUGACGUCAUCACUGUGCUGAAGGUUUAUUUUAAAGAGGAGGUGGAAUUUGUGCACCAGAAAACUUCUCCAUCACUCCAUCAGCACUGGUUUUCAGACGUAUCAGAAGCCUCUGGGUUCGUGUCUCCCCGUGUUAUUCGACCUCGUCUAUCCGGUAAUAUUCGACCUUGAAUCAGAAAUGUGCAUAACUUCUAAUCUCGUCAGCUAGAACAGUGUUGAGAGGAAAAAACCCUUUCUGUUCCAGUGAGUUCACUAAACUGUAAGGGCAUCUUCAAGGGCAUUAUGGGUAAAGGCUGUAAGGUGGUGGUCUGUGGCUUGACAUCUGUCGGGAAAACGGCGAUCCUCGAGCAGUUACUGUAUGGGAACCAUACAGCUGGUGCUGAAACAAAUGAAACCCAGGAAGACAUCUACGUGGCCUCGGUCGAGACGGACCGUGGUGUGAGAGAACAGUUACGUCUAUACGACACCAGGGGGCUCCACGACGGCCAGGAGCUUCCCAAACACUACUACUCUGUGGCCGACGGCUUUGUCUUGGUCUACAGCGUCGACAGCAUGGAGUCCUUCAAGAAAGUUGACGUCCUGAAAAAGGAAAUCGACAAAUCCAGGGACAAGAAAGAGGUGAUGGUGAUCGUUCUGGGGAACAAGUCGGACCUGCGCGAGAGACGUCAGGUGGAGCAGGAAGUGGCUCAGCAGUGGGCUCGGGCUGAGAAAGUGAAGCUGUGGGAGGUGAGCGUGACCGAGCGCAGCUCUCUGAUCGAACCCUUCACCACGCUCACCAGCCGCCUCACGCAGCCUCAGAGCAAAUCGGCGUUCCCGCUGCCCGGCCGGAAGAGCAAAGGAACACCGUCCAACGACAUCUGAAACAUCUCGAGGUCCUGCAAAAUGUUUUUUUGUUUCCGGGAGGGGAAAAAAAUGAGGAUCAGCCAAAGACCACCAUGAACACACUCGAGUGGUUUAGAUUUGAGUAAUGUAAAGUAUGAGUGGAUGAUUGUAGCAGUUCCGUAUAGAAAAUAAUAGCAAUCUAUGAAUCCAUGAUGCUUCCACAACAGUACAAUAAGCUGUAAUAGGCAGCCGGGUGUCUGCCUCGAGCGCUUCGGUUUUCAGUCCCUCUCAAACGGAGCUUCACCGAACAUGUGGCAGUUCAGCCCCGGGGAAUCAAGAGGAACAGCUUCGGGUUAUGUUUUGUAGCAAGAGGCAAUAAUAAAGGUAUUUUAUUAACCGGAAAUGUCACGGUGAAGCUGUGUGUGUGUGUGUGUGUGUGUGUAAAGGUUUAUAUUAAUCACUUUGUACUGAACAGCUUUGGCACUUGUGUGUGACGUGAACAGGUAGAAUAAUAAAUGUGAGCUGUAAUAAACCGUUUUAGAAGGUUAAUUAUAUUUAAAAA